AUGCGCUCCAGUUUUAUAUGCAUGGUUUUUUACUCAUUUGGCAUCAUAGGCCCAACAUGUGCUGGCGGAAUUGAAAUUCUCCCAAGACAAGAUACUGGAGUCUCGCAACCACCUUAUAGUGCUCCUACGAGAACAUCACCGGCAACCGACCCUUCCAGUAAGCCGUCGGAUAUCCUUACGGGGACAGUCUCUGCUUCCCAUGCUCAUAUGACGUCGAAAUCAGAUCCAACCGGUACCACUGGCGUCCGAACCGAUAUGACUACUACCCAAGGUCCAUCUCCGACUGACCUUUCUUUCUUGGACGUAGACCAGAAGCAGGAUCCGAAUAAACUUCCUCUUCCACCCAGAAUUAACCCAGGUUUAUCUGUUGUUGGCAUUGUGCUUAUUAUAGCAGGCGGGAUUUAUGCAUUGAUUGGAGUGAAAACUAAAUGGAUUCAAAUAUUCCUGUCAACAGGAUUUUUAUCUGCAGUUGCUGUGACCAUUCUCAUCAUAUACCUUAUCCAACCCCCGGUUAGCAAUGCGACGCAAGGUGGCUUUGUUGUUGCAGCCGUAGCAACGGGUGCAAUAUUUGGAGGUGUUUCUUUAGCCUUCCAGGAGGUCACAGAAAGGCUUGGGUCUAUGCUAGGCGGGUUCAGCCUAAGCAUGUGGAUUCUUUCGAUGAAAUCAGGUGGUCUUCUCGUAGAAACCGGCCACAAAGCAGCCUUUAUAACUUCUCUUACUCUAGCUUUAUACUGUCUGUCAUUCCAUCACCUUACACGACCUUAUUGGUUGCUGGCUUCGACCUCCUUUUCAGGCGCCACAGCGAUCGUUUUAGGCAUUGAUUGCUUUAGCAGGGCCGGGCUGAAAGAAUUUUGGGUCUACAUUUGGGGGUUGAAUGAGAAAAUGUUCCCAUCCAAGACAAAUACGUACCCAAUCACGCGAGGAAUUCGAGUGGAGAUUGCAGCCAUAGUUGUCGUCUUCUUGAUGGGGCUUAUAUCGCAAUUCAAGCUCUGGAAAGUUAUCAGAGACCGUACACAAAAGACUACUGCUUUGAAGGAAGAAGAACAGAAGGAGCGCGACCAAACUGAAGAAGAAAUAGCGAGAAAUCUAGAAGAAGGUACGAGACGAGAAAGAGCUCGUUGGGAAACCAUAUAUGGCGACCGGCCGGGAAAGCCCAAUGACUCUGGAAUUGUAAUGGUACGGUCCGACACGCAGAGAAGUGGCUCGGGAGCGCAAAGUGAUAGCACACCCUUGGGACAAAGUCGGACUGCCGAGAUGGAAUCAUUGCGCAAACCGGACGGAGAUGGUACACGGGAAUCGACCCUGCCAAUUUUCACAACUGCUGGAAUGCCAAUUGAACACCAUGAUCCUGCGUCUAUUGGCUCCGCCAUCGAGGAUAUAAAUGACCCCAACUCGAACAGAGGUAGUAGCGAACAGGAAGCUAUGCAAGAACCGCUGAAUUCAGCGCAAUCGCACCAUCCGCCAGCGAACACUGAGGUGCACGUUUCCGGUGGUAUUCCAGUGUAUCCUUUCAGGGCCAACCACUUCGAAGAUGUCUUGGACGACGGCUCGAGCUCUGUAGCUGCAUCAUUGGCGGAAUCUAACUAUAUGGCGGGCAUAGAUUCGAGCACAAUUUCUAUACAUUCAACCCAACAAGCAACACAUGAUCAACAUGGGGGAUGCAAUCCCAUAUACGAUCAUAGUAAUAAAUUGGAGUUUCUUAUUGAGACUCGGAGCAUUACUUCUUCUAUUGAGGUUGAGCCGAACGAAGAACUCGUCUAUGAUCCUGAAACCGCUUCUAAGGUUGAGAACCCCUUUCGAAAUAGUUUAUCUACGAUGAAUUCAGAUAUAGAAGGUACAGCUGAACCAGCUCCCAUUGCCGAGCCCGAUUCAACUACGUUGGAGAAUGCCAGCGGCGGUGAAAGCCCUAAAAGAAGCGAACCUCCUCCCCCAACUGUUACGGUUGGAGUGGCAGACGUGGGACGAUCUGAACCGAUGCCGAGUUUACUUCCUGAUAUCGUUAUCAAUAGUGACAAACCUGGUAACUUUAACCAAGGAGGUGGAGAUGAAAAUUCUUCGGCAGCGGACGCUCCUGCACGCAGUUCAAAAGAGGCCAAUGAACAAAUGCUAGAUCAACAAGCGGGAGCAGCUGGUGCCGCAGAAUCCGUUUCUAAUCGUUCUUCAGUCACUAGUAACCAUCCUGUCGACGCGCUUGUUUCUGACCAGCAAACACCAGAUAAGCAGGACAGCGCCAAUGGUAUUCAGGAAUCACUAAGCUCCCGCAUCCACGGUUCAUCAAUGAGAUUAUCAAAACGACAAUCAGCCUUUUCGGCGAGAGCUCUUUUGACAUCAGAGUCUGUAGACAACAUCCCUAGUCAUGUGUCCAAAGUGAUACUCUCGUAUAGGACGAAUGAAUGGGCUAAGCAUAUUUCCGAUGCUGAGGCUCCGGAAAAUAAGGAUGUCGAUUAUCUACAACAGGAUGCAGAAAUCAAGGAACCCGUCGUCCCUGUUAUAAUAUCUGAACUUCAACAAACUGCUUCCGGGAACUUGUCCCGCUCAGAAUCGGAAACCAAGUAUCCAGAUCCUCGAAAAUCUCAAAUCGGACGUGGAUCAGUUUCCAAGCCUCUCGUAAAAUCAGGUAUCAAUGUACAGAAAGCCAACAUCCCAUCUUUAUCACCCCCCGGCUCUUCUAACUGUACUAUUCGGUCGCAAACACCAUCAGUCCAUCAAUUAGACCGAUCAGCAUCCAGCUCCUCGCUCAGCAUACCGAGACAAGUGGACGUCAGCCGAUCUAGACCAGCUUCAUUUUCCCUAUCCCCAUAUAGAACCCCCGGUAGGAUUCCUGAAAUAGAGGAAAUAGAUGAAAAGAGCUUUCCAGUCCGAAGAGUAAGGGUGUCAUCCCCCCCUCUCCUGGUCCAACGCGAAACCGCAAUCCGCAAUCGAUCCCUCCUCCUUCCUUCAAACUACUCAUCCACGUCGGUCAACCGAGUUUCUCGGCCUCAGGGGCAACUCUCCCUCGCACUACCACAGCGAUUCUCAUCUAACCUUUCGUCCCACUAUCAAACCAGCCACAGCACCCCUAUAGAAUCUGCGGACGACCUCCCACUUUCCGUCGUCCGUGAGCAAAUGCACAAAGGAAUGCAAUCCCAAAGCCAAGUGCAAACUCAAAAAUUUCAACAACAUCGUCUCUCUUCAUGUGUAAGCUCUCACUCUCUCGACAACGUGCCCAUAACUGCCACUCUACGAAACUCUCAACAUUAUCAAUCACACGCACCCGACCCGUUGCUAGUCCGCGAAGCCAAACUAGCCCGUUGGCGUGAAUCUUUAAAGGAAGAAAUCGCCAAGGAACAUGUCCCAGAAGCAGCGGUAGAGACACAGCGUGCCAACUUGAUGAAGGAGAGGCGGCGUGACCAGCUUGGGAGACAGCAGGCGGCUCGUCGGGCGAGCUAUCGUGACUCGGUGCUAGAAAUGGCGAUGCGGAAUGGUAAUUUGCAGGAGAUGCAUAAGGAAGCGUUGAGGAGGAUGCAGGCAACGGCAAAUAGUCGUGUUUGA